AUGGGUGUUGGUUGUGGGCCUGUCGCGGACAGGCGACACAAUCCGGAUCAACCGGGCGCGGCGUCGUGGGAUGCGGCCAGAGAUGUCGCCGAGGGGAUCGCCCGCGAGGCCCGGCUCCUGCUGUUUGAGCCACGGGUGCUGGCCAUGGACGCGUUCCCGGUGGCAGCCCUGCCCGCCGAGCCAGCAGUCGUGUUCGUCGCUUCCACCACCGGCCAGGCGCGCCCCGGCUUCCCAGGGGACCCGCCAGACAACAUGCGCCGCUUCUGGCGCUUCCUGCUGCGCAAGAGCCUGGCGGCCGACAGCCUGGCGGCCACGCGCUACGCCGUGUUUGGGCUUGGGGACUCUGGUUAUGUCAAGUUCAACUCCGCAGCCAAAAAGCUGGACCGGCGGCUGGCGGCGCUGGGGGCGAUCCCCCUUCUGGAGCGAGGCCUGGGAGACGACCAGCACUCUGGGGGGUACGACGCGGCGCUCGACCCCUGGCUGCAGCAGCUGUGGCCGGCGCUGCGGGCCGCGUUUCCGCUGCCGCCCGGCGUUGAGCAGCCUGUGUUGGACGCAGCAGCACGGCUGCAGCUUGGGCCUCCCAAAUACAAGGGCGUCCUCCUGGAUGGGCCCACCGCAGCCGCCGCCGCCGACCCGGCUCUGAGCAGCAGCGCGGGCGGCGCCGCUGACGAGGAGCAGCUGCAGCGGGAGGCGACGGCGGCGGCCGCUGGCUUUAGAGCAGUCGCCGCCGAGGCGUCCGGCAUGCCGGCGGUUGCUUCCGCAGCCCCGGGGCCAGCGAACGGGCAUGCAGGCACAUUGAGCUGCGGCCCGUGGCGCCCGUUCUUCGCGCCGCUGCUGGUCAACCGGCGUUUGACCAGCCCAGAUCACUUCCAGGACACGCGCCACCUGGAGUUUGGCCUGUCGGGCAGCGGGUUUGAAUACGAGCCUGGGGACCUGCUGGCGAUCUUCCCCAGAACGCCGGAAGCAGACGUGCAGGGGGAGCCGCAGAGCGAGGGGCCUCACGGCUCCUGGGGGCACCUGGACGCGCCGCCCUCCUCAGCCGCAAUGCUGGCGCGCCUUGGGCUUGACGGGCGCCAGCUGGUCAGGGUGGAGGCCGCGCGCCCCGCUGCGGGCGGCGCGCCGUCGCUGGUCGCCACCGCGCACGCCCUCGUCCAGGGCGUACUGGACGUGUCCGGGGCGUCACCCAGGCGGUACCUCUUCCAGGUCCUGCAGCACUAUGCGACGUCGGAGCGCGAGAAGGAGCGGCUGGCGUACUUCGCGUCACCAGAGGGGCGGGACGACCUGUACGAGUGA